CGAAAUAAUCCUAGCGAUUCCGAGUUGGUACGAUUGGGCAACAUUGUAGUGGAUAGAGUUGUUCCGAUGUUGAUGAAAGACAUCAUAAUAAAACCAGCAUUUGUUCAUGGAGAUCUGUGGAGUGGCAAUUGGAGUGUUAACGCAGAUACCGGUGAACCUGUGAUAUAUGAUCCUUCGCCUUGUUAUGGGCAUAGUGAGUUCGAAUUGUCAAUUAUGACCAUGUUUGGAAGUCCAUCAAAGGAUUUCUUCAAAGAAUAUUAUAAUCAUCAUCCACCGCAAGAACCAUAUUUUAAGGAACGUCAAGAGUUGUAUAAAUUGUAUCAUUAUUUGAAUCAUUAUUUCAUAUUUGGCAGCGGAUAUCGUGGAAGCUGCAUAUCGAUUAUGAGAAGAUUGUGUGCUCUUGCAGAGAAUGAAGAAAAGAUUUGA